AUGUCUGGUGGGAUAUUCACCCCCUUGGAAAACCUGUGCGAGCUCGACAACACCAACUGCCACCCACUGGUGUGCUUCCUUUGUCACGAACAAUACGAACACCCCUGCCUCUUGGAUUGUUACCACAACUUCUGCGCCAGCUGCCUGCGGGGCCGAGCCAUCGACAGCCGCCUGAUGUGUCCCCUGUGCGGGCACCAGUCCGUCGUGAAAGGGAACGGCCUCCCUCCAGAAGACCAGCUGCUCAAAUUCCUGUUGGACAGUUCGGGGGACUACGAAGAGGACAUCCUGUGUGCCAACUGUGAUCUGCAAAGCACAAAGCAGGAGCUGGACGCCAUGUACUUCUGCAACACCUGCAACCAGCCGCUGUGCGCCAGGUGCCGUGAGGAGACCCACAAGGCAAGGAUGUUCAGCCGCCAUGAGAUUGUCUCGCUGAGCAAGCGCACGAAGGAAGUCCACAAGAGAUGCCCUCUUCACGAAGAACUUUACAUCAUGUUCUCGACAGAGAAAAAGUCCAUGCUCUGCAUUAACUGUUUUCGAGAUAUGCCUGUGGAGAGCAGAGCACAUUGCAUCGAUAUUGAGACAGCCUACAUGCGAGGCUGUGAGAAAUUAGACCAGGCCGUGAUGGCGGUGAAGGAGCUCCAGACGUCCACCCGGGAAGCCAUUGUCUUGCUCAAAGCCAUGAUCGAGGAGGUCAGGAACAGCGCCGACGAAGAGGAGACGGCCAUCAACUCUCUCUUCAGCAGCAUGCAGGAGAAAUUGGCUGACAGGAGGAAGAUGCUCUUGAAAGCUGUGCAGAGCCAGUACGAAGAGAAAGAGAAAGCUUUUAAGGAGCAACUUGCUUACCAGGCCUCCUUACUCCCCACCCUCCAGGUGCACCUGGUGACCUGCUCAGCGUUUCUCAGCUCUGCAAACAAGGCGGAGUUCCUGGAUUUGGGCUAUCAACUGAUGGAGCGCUUCCAAAGAAUUGCCAAACUGCCCCAUCGGUUGAGGCCGUCGCAAACCAGCAAGAUCAACAGUGAAUACCGGGCUGAGUUUGCCCACUGCCUGGAGCCGCUGCUGCUGUUGACCCCGCGCCGGCCAGCGGUGGGGACCCCGGGAAGCAUCGGAGCCAGCAUGAGUAACAGCAGCAUGAUGUCGGGGGGUCCCUUCUCCAAGGCCCUCCUGGUGCCAGGCUGUCCCUCUUCCCACGAAAAUAUGCCCCUGAUGGGGUCCCCUGUCCAGAAGGCCACCAUGCACCGCUACAUCAGCACCAAGGUCCUCCUGGCUGAAGGAAGGGACACGCCAUUUGCCGACCACUGCCAUGAUUAUGAGAAUAUGUAUCGGGUGCUUCAGACCGAGAUUCAGAGCUUGAAAGACCAGGUGCAGGAGCUGCACCGGGACCUCACCAAACAUCAUUCCCUGAUAAAGAUGGAGAUCAUGAGCGAAAUCCUGCAGAAGUCGCUCCAGAUGGACGUGCAAAUCGCUUCUGAGUACUCCUCUGUGGAAAUGAAGCGGAGCGAGUUCGAAGAGACCUGGGAGGAGACCUACCAGCGGGUGGCCAACGAACAAGAGAUUUAUGAAGCCCAGCUCCAUGACCUGCUGCAGCUCAGGCAGGAGAACGGCUUCCUGACCACCAUCACCAAGCAGAUUGCCCCCUACGUCCGCUCCAUCGCCAGAGUCAAGGAACGGCUGGAACCAAGGUUCCAGGAGUGGAAAGAGAAAGCGGAUCAGCCGGAGACCCUGCUCAAAAUCUACGAUGACAGCGCCCUCCUGGCCGAUGUUCAGCCCAGCAAAGACUGGGAACCCAGGACAGAGAACCAGGCCCUUGGCCCGGCCGCCGAGGAUCCCCAGCCGAAAAGCCCGGACAUCUUCAAGAACAAGCAGAAAAUCUGGGCUGAGCCCCCCUCCGAGCCAGGGGCAGCCCCCUCGAGCCUGACCAAGGAAAGAGAUCAGGAGGCGCAGCUCCUCUUGCAUUGA